UAUCUGUAUCUUUUGUAAUGUAUUUGCUGUCGCGUUUGGGAUUGUGGUGUCUGCUCUUUGCAUUCGUUGUCGGUCAGAAGAGCAACGCAAGGUCAUCACAAGGUCAAGGACGCACUUUGGGCUUAUUAUCGCCGCUGCUUUUCGGCUCAGGUGGAUCUUUAUUCGAUGUUCCUGUUGCUCCUGUGGGCACUCUAAGCGGAGGAGGUGUUUCUGCAGCUGGCGGUGGAGCUGGCACCCAGUCGGAUCAGUUCUACGGCGGAGCAGGAGGAGGAGUAUAUGGCAAUGGAUAUGGCAGUGGAUAUGGCAGUGGAUAUGGCAGUGGAUAUGGCAAUCUCUAUGGUUACAGACCCAACUACGGCUAUGGCUAUCCUGGCUUAGGAUUAGGCUAUCCAGGUCUGGCUCAGAGCUAUUUCGGCUAUCCAGGCUAUGGCUUAAACUACUACAGACCCAGUUAUAAUUAUAACUAUCAAAGGCCCGUGCAAUAUCCUGGAAAUUACUACGGCUCAAGGCCCAACUAUGGCAACUAUGGAGCUAGUCCAUCCUAUAGUUCCCCUCAGAGUGCGGGUAUUUCAAAUGGCAUUUCACCUGGAGUCUCAGCUGGCGUUUCACCUGGCGGCUCACCUGGCUCACAACUCAGCACAGCUCAAGCUGCUCAGCUGGCAGGACUCUUGGGCCAGGCUCUUGGUAGCAGCCUACGCCCCUUGGUGGCCAAUGGAAGGGGCGUGGCAGCGGGUGGAGCCGGCAAUCAGCAAGCGUUAAGUGGUCUAUUGGGAUUGCUAGGUUAAAAAAACCAUUGCAAACAAUUCAAGUUAACAAUUCCUAGUUUUUUUGGCAUAUAGUUUAGAAUUAUUUAAAUUAAGAUAAUUACUCAGCACCAAAAUAAUGAAAUAAGUACAAUAGUACCUAAGUCGAAAAUUAUAAGAGUAUGCAUAACAAUAUCAUAGUAUUUUUAA